AUGAAUGCUUUUGCAAUGUACAAUGGGAAGAAUACUGAGGAGCAGGGUUCACAGCUGGGAAAGACUCUUGAUGACUUCUCCUCCAAGCAGCCUGGAUUGCACCUCUGGUACUAUGGCAGUUACAGAGAUGCAGAAAAGAAUUUCCACAAUAUCUCUAACAGAUGCUCCUAUUCAGACCAUUCCAACAAAGAGGCAAUUGAAGAUGUCUCAGGAAUUCUUCAGCGUACUGCUAAUAUACUCGGACUGAAGUUCCAAGAAAUUCAAGAAAGAUUUGGUGAGGAAUUCUUUAAAAUAUGCUUUGACGAAAAUGAGAGAGUCCUUCGAGCUGUAGGCAGCACAUUGCAGGACUUCUUCAAUGGCUUUGAUGCAUUAUUGGAACACAUUAGGACUUCUUUUGGGAAACAGGCCACUCUAGAAUCAUCAUCUUUCCUAUGCAAAGAGCUUCCUGAAGGUACUCUCAUGCUUCACUACUUCCAUCCUCACCAUACGGUGGGCUUUGCAAUGCUGGGAAUGAUUAAGGCUGUAGGGAAGAGAAUCUAUCACUUAAAUGUGGAAGUUGAACAAAUUGAAAAUGAGAAAUUGUGCUUUGAUGGUUCAAACCCAAGCAAUUGUAGCUGUCUUACUUUCCUUAUCAAAGAAUGUAAAACUACUCAGAUCACAAAGGACAUUCUUCCACAAGGUACUUCUCAAGUUCCUGCAGACCUCAGAAUCAGCAUCAGCACCUUCUGCAGAGCCUUCCCCUUCCAUUUGAUGUUUGACUCUAACAUGCUAGUCCUUCAGCUUGGGGAGGGCCUACGGAAGCAACUUCGAUAUGACACUCACAAAGUGCUGAAGUUUGAGGACUGUUUUGAGAUAGUCUCUCCAAUGAUUGAUGCCACCUUUGAUAGAGUCUUGCUGCGAUUGUCCACCCCAUUUGUUAUAAGGACCAAGCCUGAAGCUUCUGGUACUGAGAAUGAAGAUAAGGUAAGUAAUCGUGUACUCCAGAUGGGUGAUGGGAUCUAG